AUGUCUUACGAUCGAGUUCUCCCCAAGCCUCCCGCUUUGCACUAUGACUCCCCGCAGGUCCCUUUGCCUCGACCAACAAGUAACCUCCUCGAGCAUAAGAUCAUGAACGACGAUAUCUCCCGCAUGUCUCUCGUCGACCAUCAUGUGGACUCCCCUCCCAUGGGCAAUUCGUGUCGAUUCGCCGCCGAUGGUUUGCCCCAGGUGCAUCUCUCAUCUCUCACCCGCGCCAAGUUUGCCCUCAACAACAUCGCUGCUAGCGCUUCCGUCGAGGCCUCCAAGCCCUCGGCCUCACUGACAACCAAAACUAUCCCGCUUCGCGAACGCUCCACGGCGUCCGAGCGUUCGUCGUCGUCCAGUCCCGUCAAGUCGACGGCACCAAGGGAGUCGGUCACCCAGUUCUGCCUCUGUCAACCGGAUCCCAAGAUCCCUAGACCUCGAAAUGCAUUCAUUCUCUAUCGCCAACACUACCAAGCAGCAGUGGUGGCGCAAAAUCCAGGACUCGCUAACCCCGAUAUAUCCAAGAUCAUCGGGGAGCAAUGGAGAAAGCUUCCGCAGGAAACCAAGGAUGAGUGGAAAGCACUUGCCGAGGAAGAGAAAGCCCGCCAUCAACAGCAGUAUCCCGAAUACCGCUAUCAGCCUCGUCGGUAUGGCCGGGAUGGUUCGUCUCGAAACUCCACCUCGGGCAUCAGUCAUAACCCUCCCGGCUCGACGGUUUGCAGCCGGUGCGGUGGGCGAGUCAUGAACCCGCCAGUGUCCCCCGAGGCCCCGUUUACCCCCAGCGGAUCUUCUCACACGAACGGGGCAAACUCCCAAUCAGAGACGGUUACCGCUCGAAGUUAUGCGUGCCGAGCGUCGGAUUCCGAGCGGCCUCCCAAACCUAUCAGGGUGGGGAGCAGUGGGGAGCCUCUUCAACAUCGACAACGGCAGUGGGAAGAAAACGGCAUUCGUUCUCCAGACACAAAGCGCCGCCGCUUCAACUCGGAAGUAGCCUUCAAGACGAGUAUGCAGCGGGGCAACACCCCGGAUGCGGCAUACCCCAUGUCCCCAUUUACCCCUCGAUCAAGCACCGAUCUGUCCAAUCCUCGGGGCAGCGUAUUUCAGAUGCUGCAGCCUCCGCGUUCUUUCCGAGGCUCGCGGGACUACGGUCAGCCGGAUCCUAGUCUGAAGCUUCCACCCUUGCAGACGAGUGCUCCCAACCCCAAUGGGGUGGCCCCCAUGACGCCGUACUCUCAAGAUGGGUCGAGUCUAGAAACCACGGUGAUGACGAUCCCCUUCCUCAACAAGAUUAAGGUGCUUGCGAAGAUUUCGCCUCCACUGGUCCCCUCUUUCCGGGAUGGAGGAGUACAACGUCGGGGGGUGGUGAUUUCCGUGGACGGGCAAGAGCCCACGGCAGUGAAGAGCAUGGUGGACUAUCUCAACACCAUGUUCCAAAAGGAAGGAAAGUUUACCACUCGUCUUUUCGAGGGGCCUGAAAUUCGCCCGCGGGAAAGUUAUUCGGAGUCGGGCCAGAUGGGGGACGCGACGGUAGAUUACCUGAACACAAUCUCGGUGUGGCACCGCAUUUCAGAUGAGAUUGUGUCCUUCGUCAAGUCAUCGUCGGAAUCGUCGGAGUCCAAGACGGGGGAGGACCAUAGUUCCACCCCGGGCGUGUCACCCAAAACGAUGCAUCCCAAACCCACAGAGAACCAGAUCAGCUCCCCGCCGUCCAGCGAAAGCGGAUCCAUCUCUGGCGCAUCGUCGUCUGGGUCCAGCUCCUGUUCUAUCCCGGUAGCGCUUGUGCCCCGGUAUCAGCUCACUACUGCCGAUGCCUUCGCGUGCUCUGUGCCAAUUGACGAUUCCUACGCUCCGUUAGACCAUUGGCAAUGGAUGGCGUCAUUAUGGCGCGCGUGCGUAGGUCCCGACAUCACAGUGUAUAUUCGCGAGUGCGAGAAAGAAGAGCUUGACCGGCAUGGAGGGAACCCGGUCGAGGUUCGUCUGCAGGACGCCCGCACUGUCGUCGUGCGGAGAGCCGCGAACUCGCCCAAAGAGUUGGAAGAAAAGGUCUUGAAGCGAGUUGGAUUUGAAAUUGAGGACUUUCUCACUCAGUGA